CAGCUGCUCCAGCUGUCUCACACUCACUCUCUCAGGGUCACAGCAGCAGAAGUUUGAGGGACCACUUAUAUGUGCCGAUUCAGCUGGAAGCAGCCGCUGUCAGAGGGAGACCCAGCCAGAGGAGGACCCGCCUGAACGCCUUGGAUUAGACCACCGGACUGCUGCGCACCUCCAGUCGUCUUUGGAGCGGCUCCAUCUGUCCUGCCACUGUGUGUGUGUGUGCAUGUGUGUGUGUGUGUGUAUGUGUGUGUGAGUGCAUGUUCCACGUGUGUCCCUCCCACUAGAUAUUGCAUUAGUAUGCAGGGUGCGUGCGUGUCCAUCUUGUGCGUGUGCAUAUGUGUGUCCGUGCUCCUGCGCAGCGCUAUUUCACAGCCUCCUACAGAAAGUGACACCUACACGGAAUGCACGGACGGGUAUCACUGGGACCCUCAGACGGAGCACUGCAAAGAUAUAAACGAGUGCGAGACCAUACCAGAUGCCUGCAAAGGGGAGAUGAAGUGCUUUAACCACUACGGGGGUUACCUGUGCCUCCCUCGCUCUGCCUCGGUCAUCCCUGCCUCAGAGCCUUCCAUCACCCCCACGGAGGCUUUCAACCCCUGUCCCGUGGGGUACGAGCCGCAGGGAGACAGCUGCGUCGAUGUGGACGAGUGUGAGCGAGAGGAGCACGACUGCCAGCCCAGUCAGCAGUGCAUCAACACACUGGGGGCCUUCACCUGCCAGUGUCCAGAUGGUUACCGCAAGGUUGGCACAGAGUGCAUCGAUAUUGACGAGUGCCGGUACCGGUACUGCCAGCACCGCUGCGUCAACGUCCCCGGGUCCUUCUCCUGUCAGUGUGAACCUGGAUUCCAGCUGGCAGGAAACAACCGGUCCUGCGUCGACGUGAACGAGUGCGACAUGGGGGCGCCGUGCUCCCAGCGCUGCUACAACACCUACGGCACCUUCCUCUGCCGCUGUGACCAGGGCUACGAGCUCGGCUCGGAUGGCUUCGCCUGCAAUGACAUCGACGAGUGCAGCUUCUCCAGCUAUUUGUGCCAGUUCCAGUGCGUCAACGAACCUGGGAAGUUCUCCUGCAUCUGCCCCGAGGGCUACCAGCUGCAGGGCACCAGACUGUGCCAGGACAUAAAUGAGUGCGAGACAGGUGAGCACCAGUGCACCGAGGGCCAGACGUGCGUCAACAUCCACGGGCGCUACCAGUGCGUGGACACCAACCGCUGCCAGGAUCCCUACAUCCAAGUGCCCGACAAUCGCUGCGUGUGUCCCGUCAACAAGCCCGCCUGCCGAGACCUGCCCUUCUCCAUCGUCCACCGCUACAUGAGCAUCACCUCCGAGCGCUCGGUUCCCUCCGACAUCUUCCAGAUUCAGGCCACCAGCGUCUCCCUGGGGGCUUACAACACCUUCCGCAUCCGAUCGGGGGAUGACAACGGAGACUUCUACAUUCGACAAAUCAACAACAUCAGCGCCAUGCUGGUCCUGGCCCGCGCCGUGUCAGGCCCGCGUGAGUACACGUUGGACCUGGAGAUGGUGUCAGUCAACCCUCUGCUCACCUACCAGGGCAGCUACCAGACCAGCUCAGCCCUCAGACUCUCCAUCUACGUGGGCCCCUACACGUUCUGACCGGCCCAACACACGCCGUCAUCCAAAGAUCAAAGCAGCUCCACCGGUCACUGUGAUGCCUCAUUUUGCCUUCUGAUAUGAAAACAUUGACUCGGCCCAGUCAUAGUGUUCUUCUGUUCCACGGUCAAUGAAAGACGGGGGAGGAGGGGGUCCUCCCUGGUUUGUGUGACACAUGCUGCCUCCAGGUGCAGUGAUUCAUAUCCAGAGUCACUCCAUUCUCACUGCACUUAUCUUUGGUCACUUCCUGUCUCAGUAACGUCUCACCCCAGAUCUCUGCUUCCUCUAUCCCCUUCCUCCCCCCGAUUUCCCCCCCAUCCCCCCCUCCCCCAUCACGAGUUCUGCGUCUCUGCUGUUUGUAGUUUCCUCCCCAAUAGAUGACGUGUUGUACUUUUUCUUGUUUUGGAAUUUGAACUCGAA